CCCGCCCCACCAGCGCCCGUUUCCAAGAUGGCGGCUGCAGUUCCUGCCCGGCUGUCAGGGUGGCGGUGACGACGGGAAGCCGAGCAGGUACGCUGUUGGAGUACUGGAUGGAGCCUUUCUCUGUCCUCUGUGACAUUGCCAAUUUUAGAUGAUGCCUCACAUCUCUGCUCCCCCGGGACCCCCUGCAGCCCCCAUGAUCUGGAAGAAGACAGUUUGAGCCGAGACCUCACAGCCCAGGAUGUUGCGGAGGCUGCUGGAACGGCCCUGCGUGCUGGCCCUGCUCGCGGGGUCCCAGCUGGCCGUCAUGAUGUAUCUGUCGCUGGGUGGCUUCCGCAGCCUCAGUGCCCUAUUUGGCCGAGAGCAGGGGCCCACAUUUGACUAUUCUCACCCCCAUGACGUCUACAGUAACCUCAGCCACCUGCCUGGGGCCCCUGGGGCCCCAGGUGGCCUUCCAGCUCCUCGAGGCCUGCCCUACUGUCCAGAGAGGUCCCCUUUCCUAGUGGGUCCUGUGUCCGUGUCCUUUAGUCCAGUGCCAUCGCUGGCAGACAUUGUGGAGAGGAAUCCCCGGGUGGAAGCGGGGGGCCGGUACCGCCCCGCAGGGUGUGAGCCCCGCUCCCGAACGGCCAUCAUCGUGCCCCACCGUGCCCGGGAGCACCACCUGCGUCUACUGCUCUACCACCUGCACCCCUUCCUACAGCGCCAGCAGCUCGCUUAUGGCAUAUACGUCAUCCACCAGGCUGGAAAUGGCACAUUUAACAGGGCAAAGCUGCUGAAUGUUGGGGUACGAGAGGCCCUGCGUGAUGAGGAGUGGGACUGCCUGUUCUUGCACGACGUGGACCUCCUGCCAGAGAACGACCAUAAUCUGUACGUGUGCGACCCCAGGGGCCCCCGGCACGUGGCUGUUGCCAUGAACAAGUUUGGAUACAGCCUCCCGUACCCCCAGUACUUUGGAGGGGUCUCGGCGCUGACUCCUGACCAGUAUCUGAAGAUGAAUGGCUUCCCCAAUGAAUACUGGGGCUGGGGUGGUGAGGAUGACGACAUUGCUACCAGGGUCCGCCUGGCUGGCAUGAAGAUCUCCCGCCCCCCCACAUCCGUGGGGCACUACAAGAUGGUGAGGCACCGGGGAGACAAGGGCAACGAGGAGAACCCCCACAGAUUUGACCUCCUGGUCCGCACCCAGAAUUCCUGGACGCAGGAUGGGAUGAACUCGUUGACAUACCGACUGCUGGCUCGAGAACUGCGCCCUCUCUACACUAACAUCACAGCGGACAUCGGAACGGACCCUCGGGGUCCCCGGACUCCUUCCGGCCCCCGUUAUCCACCUGGUUCCUCCCAGGCCUUCCGUCACGAGAUGCUGCAGCGCCGGCCCCCAGCCAGGCCCGGCCCCCCGCCUACUGCCAACCACACGGCCCCCCGGGGCUCACACUGACCCCUCCUUCCUGCCCCUCAAUCAUGAAGCUGAAUCAAGAGGGCUCCUGUUCUCCCCCCCAGCUCCUCACUGCUCUUAGAGGGAUGUGGGGGGUCUGACUAGUGCUGUGCUGGGGCAGGGGCCUCUCCUCACUGCUGGACUGGAGCUGGGCUCCUCUAGACCUGGGGGGCCCUCUUUCUAGGGUCACCUGCCAGGGCUAUGACUGUGAAUCCUGGUGUCAUGAUUUUAUGUGAUUACUCCUGGGAGCCCCCUGCCUCUGGGCCAGGAGCAGGGCUGGACCCCAAGUCCCUUCCUCUUCCAUGGAGAGAAGAAUGACCUGGCUUCUCCCGGGACCCCUGUGAAUAUUUAUUCUAUUUAUGGCUCCCAGGAAGUGUUGGUGAAGUAAGCCUCUCCCUGGGUGCUUUCGGCCAGUGCUGAGCAGCUCCCUUUCUGGGCCUGGCUUGGGGACUGGGAUUUUGAUAUCUUUUCUAAUAAAGGACUUCGUCUUGC